AUGAAAUACACAAUUUCACGACAAUUUUCAUUCGGUAAAGAAAAAUUUGAAAUUGUUAGUGGUUCAAAAAUAGUAUACACAGUAAAAGUUACACCUUCUAAAGAAUGUAUUGGUCAAUUCAAUGUUAAAUUAUCAAAUCCAACAUCAAAAUAUAUUGAUGAUGAAUUUUGUAUUAUAGAGCCAGAUCCAAAUACACCUCGAAAAUAUUUAAUAUAUAUAGUAAAUAAUGAAUUGAAUGAAAAAACUCUUUUUGGUCAAUUACAAUAUGAUUUUUGUGGUUAUAAUAAUUGUCUUUAUACAAUUGUUAUUGGAAGAAAAUUAUAUAAAGUACGAAGUUCGGAUUUAAAAGAUCGGCGUUUAGCUAUAAUCGAUACUCUGGAACAAAAUAAUCCUUUAAAAUCAGAUCAAUAUCCAACAUUUCAACCACCAGAAACAUUAUUUCAAGUUAUUGAUUCAUUUUCAAAAUUAAAUAAAACAUAUCAUGUUACUGUACAUGAUAAAGAAAAACAUCUUGGAUAUCUUUCUAUUGUUAUUCUACUUGAUCUUCAUGAAUGUAAACGAGAUUGA